AUGGCAGCCUCCAUGCCUCAAGUUUCGGUGUGUUGUAUAUCACUUAUUUUGCUAUUUUUAGCUAGUUUAUGUCAAGGAUUAUACGAAGAUCAGAUUGGAAAGUUUGAUUGGAAGCAGGAGUAUGUAGGGGAAGUUUCCCACUUGAACUUUGAGGGCAAAAGGCUGCUAGUUGGCACAAAACAUAAUGUGGUGGCGUCUCUAAAUGCUAGGAAUGGACAAAUAGUUUGGAGACAAGUACUUGAAGAAGACUCGAGGGGACGCAUAGAUGCUCUUCUUGUGAAAGAUAAAAUUGCAAUAACAGUAUCAGGCAAUGACCAUAUAAGGUCAUGGGAUGUGGAAUAUGGAGGUUUGAACUGGGAGGAGCCACUAGAUGGCGCUCCAGAUGCCCCUGAAGCUCAGGCGUGCCUUAUGGGGAGCUCACAAGACACAAUGGUGGUGCUGAGUGCAGGCAAGCUGCUGGCUUUCAACGUCAAUGGCCAGGAGUUGUUCAGGAAAGUUCUUCCCAGCAGUGAUGGUGCUAUCCACAAAUUCCUGCACUGUGGGAGAACAGAGAUUAAUGUUAUUGGCGUUGUGCCAAAUUCUCAUGUAUCCAUAGCAACAUACAGUGACUCGGGCAAUGUCCAAUCACAGAGCCCUGUGCCUGCGGACUGGGUGAAGAAGGACACAAGGUGUCUCCUCAUUGCUGAUGGUCAUCUAGUCUGUUAUGAGCCACAGCUGAGCAGCUUGAGAACUCUGGCACUGAAGAAAGGACAGGCAUUCUCUACCACUCUCUUACAGGAACUAGGCUUGCAAGGCCAGGCUGUAAAGCUGACUUCCUUAAAUCACAGAAACAUGUUUGUGGUACAACUCUCUGCUUCACAUCUUGCCUUGCUGUCAGUGGGUACUGAUGCUGUAAAGCUGGUUCUCAACCUGCCAAAGGUUUCAGCUGUCUCUGUGUCAUCCAGUGAUCAAACUUAUAUAAAAUCAUUUGACCCAAACGGUUUCUCUGCCAUAAUAGAUUUUGAGAGGGAGCUGUCGUGCCGAGAGAAGAAAAACGAGAACCGCAGCAGGAGGAGAGCAUAA